AUGACAUUUUGUUCUUGUUGUGGAAAACAACACAUAUCUCUUGCAGGCAAAGCUCCCGAACAGUUUCGUUUAUGCCAAGCUGAAAAGCAAAGAUCGGAUCAGUGGUGUAACAACUGCUACAGGAGGUAUAAGAAUUACGUACAAGGAUCAACAACAGCCACAUCAAACGCAUCACCAACAACAACAAAUACAUUCGGUACACCAUCACUUCAAAAUCUUGACUAUCAUUCAGCCUAUGAUACAACGUUCUCACAACGAAACGCUACUCAAAAUUGUGAAUUUAAUCAUGAAACAAACUCACAACGCUCAUUAUCAUCUCCGAUAACAAUAGACUCUGAGUCACACAACUGUUCAUCAUCAAAUUUCUUUGAUAUGAUUACUCCUCAACGAUUUCUACUCACCAAUAUUUCUGAUUACCCAACUAUUGACAAUAAUUUAUUACGAAACACUUUACUAUAUUCUGUUCCUUCAUCUUGGAACAAACAAAGAAGCUCGUAUUAUUUAUCGAAGACCACAUUUGAAUGUCCUGUAGUAAUAUAUGAUGUUAAUUAUACAGUUCUAGAUAAGGUUGCGUUGUACAAUUUAUUAACUUCGCAAGGAUGUACUAUUUCGAAAGAUGUGCAUCAAUGGUUGAGAGAAAAACUUGCUGAAGAAAUUAAUAAUCGAAUACACACAGAAAUUAUCAAAGCUCAAAUUUCAAAAUAUUCUAAUAAGAAUAAUUAUGCACAAGUUAGUAUAAUUAAUCAAGAGACCAUUAAGACGAACAACUCCACAUCAAGUGUAGAUCCAGGAUCAACAUCAAAUACCAUCCCACACAAAAAAACCUCUCGAAAAAAGAGCAAGAAAAAGAAAUCUAAAACCAAAGAAAAAAAAUCAACGAAAGGGUUUAUUAAUUGUGACAAAGCCUUUGGUUUAGUGUGUGGAAAGUGUGAUGGACAAUUUUUGAAACGCAGGCCAUUUCGACGAGCAAUUAAAAAUAUUAAGGAAAUGACUGCCCAAAAUCAAAAACUCACUUCAGAUAGACUUGUUACUGGUAUUCAAGAGAUAUUGAAAAGCAAUGGUCAAACUCUAGACGACAUUAUUGACUAUAUAUUUGAAAAAGAUCCAGAUUCUCUCUACAAAAGAAUUGACUCCUAUGUAUCAAAAGGCCAUACCAACUACACAAGACUAGCACAUCAUUUUCAAACACUAGCAUCACCUGAAUUACAAGACAAUUUAUCACCUGAAGGUGCUGUGUACUUUACAGACACCAGAUUGAUGUCAGAUCAUCUUUUUUGCGAGCAUUAUCAAUAUCAUGCAUUGAAUUUUAUUGUCUGUACCAAAGAAAAGCUUAAAGAACAGCGUGAUGAAAUGAAUGAAUUAGUUCAACAAAUAUUUCACAUGUCUCAUGACAACAAUUCUCUUCAUGUAGACGUUUCGUGUUUACUGCAUGAAGUAGUUGAUCUUAUAGUGAAGUUGGAAGGAAAAAUUCCUGAAAAAUUGGAACUGAAAAGUUUUUGGGAUGGCCGUUCUACCAAUGAAGUCAUUCAUGCAUUUGUAAUUCUUAACAAUAUUCUUUCUACACAAUGCAGAUACAAUGCAUUCAUAACAGAUAUGUACAAAGGACAAGAAAUUCAUAAGAAUGUUUCGAAAUAUUUUGAUAUAAGUUUUUCAAUAUUGAAUGAUUUGGUUGAACACGGAUUUAUUUACACUUUUGAGGAAAAUGGGGUGAAGAAAAGCGUAACUCUACCUGUUACAGUAUAUAUAUGUGCAGAUUUGUCAGCAUUAUGGAAGCUCUGUGAUGAAACAUUUGUGUGCCCAUAUUGUGAUUGUACUCAUGAAAAUUAUAAUACAAUAUUUGAAUACAAUCACUCUCUCGAUUUUAAUUGCAGAAAUAUUAUUCUAGAAAAAUACCCAAAAUUGAUGGAACAUGUUGUCAUUGAUGUACUUCAUGCAAAGCUUCGAAUUGUUGGGAAUUUGUUGGCUAAAUUAAUGUUGAAACUGUGUCCAGAUGAAUUAGAGGCAGUUAAAGAUAUAAUUCGACAGUUCCCAUCACUCUCAAAAUUUGAAUUUAAAGAAAAACCAUUUUACAAGCAACAGCUGGCAAUGGAAGCAAACAAAGUCUAUCAACCACCUUACCUCAAUGGAAAACAAGCGGACACCUUAUUACUCAAUUUUGAGAAAAUUUUUUUGGAGGCCUUAAACAAAAGCAGCUUUGAUUCACAAGAUGUUGCAAUUUGGUCAAUGUUUCGAUAUAUAAUUUAUGGAUACAUGGAGGCCCCUUCGCAAUUACUUGCAAAGCAAAAUAUUGAGAUAGAUUUAAUUCCAACGUUGAAAAAGUUAAAUGAGAUGCUUCGUUUACACUAUCCCAAUGAAAACUUUGGAUAUUAUGUACAUAUUGUUUUGAAUCAUUUGCCUUAUUUAUUGAAGAAAUAUGGCACCCUUACUCGUUUUAUGAAUCAAGGAUGUGAAAGCGUUCACAGUUUAGGUCGACUUAUCAAUGAAAGAAAAUCGAAUCACAAACCGAACGGUUCUCUUCCAGGGUUUGCUGAAUGUGUUUUAUUGCCAUUAAGAGUGUUAUAUAUGUCCACUCGAAGAGGAAGGGACUGGAUAGGUAACAAACAAGAGGACAAAUCAAUUUCCAAAAUUUGGCAAGAAAUGCUCGAAACGUGGAAACAAGACAUCGCUUCCAUUGAUAUUAAUGAUGAGGCCUUAGAAAAACUCGAUAAGACUGCUGAGGAAACAUCAUUGUCAAGCACUGUCGUCAAAAAGUGCGUGUGGGAAAAAGCAAAGAAGAAAACGAAUUCCAUUAAGAAGAAAAUUCAACACCGUACAAGAAUUUUUGAGAACGGAUCAAAUGCGAAAGUAUCGUCGCCUCCUGACAAUUCCAUUAAGGCCUGUAUGCGAUGUCAGAAACAACAUGCCAAAUGUGAUCACAAAUCUCCUUGCUCUAAUUGUUUGAAAAUUGAUGCUCAAUGUGUUUAUGAGCCACCAAAGAAGAGAGGAAGAAAGCAGAAAUCAAUAUCUGCUCAGAAAACAAUCAAAACUACUGAACAAAGACAAACGUUCAGCAGGAAACCAUAUGCAGAAACAUAUGAAUCCGAGAUUGAAUUUUGUGAUGCAUUGGAUGAUGAUUUUUUCUUAAUACCAAACGACUCGCAUGUUUUGGAGAAUGAUGUAGACAUGGAAGAUGUUUUUCGGAUGUUUGAGGAUACUCAAGCUCAAGAGGAGAUUUUAAGCGAUGCUGAUAUGGAAGAUGUUUUCAGGGAACUUGUAGAUACUUCUCAUGCUCAAGAAGAGAGUUUCGAACAUGGUAAUGCAGAAAUGGAAGAAGAUUCUGACGAGAUUGUGGAUAGUAGCGAAGUUGAUGUUGAUGAUGAAGUGGAAUUCCUCUCUGAUUUCGAAUAUUCGGAAUGA